GUCAAUCUAGCUUAAUCGCUUAUUGUGGUAGUAUUAAUCAAUUAAGUCUCUGGAAAUUUGUUGUUGACGAAGAAGAACCCAGAUUUUUACUUCAAUGGCAUACGUCGAAGGAGGUGUGGUUAAAGCGAAGCGGCCAAUAUGGAGAUUAAGGACGAUCAAAGAUUUCUUCUUGUCCAUCAUUAAUCUGAUACAAGUCUUCUUUGUAACCAUGUUCUCGAUGGAGAAAUCAGAUGCAUACAGGAAAGGUUCUAAGGCUAACAAGAAGUGGGGUGGCAUGGGGGGUGGGGGCGGUGGUGGUGGCGGUGGUGGUGGUAGCGGUGGUGGACCUCCUCGUGGGGGCCUCGACAAUGUGCGUGGCUUGAAUGAUAUCCGUGGAGCUGACCACAAUUCCCUACCGGCAUGUGGCUCGUGCUGUGGCUAAGCCUUGAUUCGUUUGGAGCGUCCAAGAAUAAACCAAGGGAAAUAUCAUAUAUACAUAUUAUAUAGUGUUGAAACGAUGCUUUGUAAUUUGAGGAAGCAAGGAACGAAGAUUCUGGUGUAUUUGUAUUUGGGUCUAAUCAAAGCUUUUUGUAUUU